AUGAUUAAAUAUGUAACCAAAGUGAAAGAACUGGCAGCCCAGCUAGUCCAUUUCCAGAUAGACUUGGUCUCUAUAGCAGGAAACUCUCAGGCUGACGCGUUAUCUAAGUUAGCCAGCUCCACCUUACAAAGCCUCACAAGAACAGUGAUGGUCGAAGUGUUAAUGGAAAGCAGCAUUGCUCAAAAGGGGCAGGUAAACUACGUUGGGAGUCAGAGAGCCUGGUUCUUAGACAUCUUGGCGUACAAACUUCAUGGCUCGCUGCCCGAUGAUAAAGUACGGGCUAAAAUGGUGAAGAAAGACGCAAAUUGGUAUGUAGUGAUGAAUGGAGAGCUCAACAAGAAAGGCUUCUCAAAGCCACUGCUGAGGCGUAUUCAAGAAUCGGAGCAGGAGGGAAUUAUGGAAGAAGCCCACUCCGGAAUAUGUGCCAACCAUAUUGGCGGAAAAGCAUUGGGAGUAGAGGUCCUUAGAAGAGGGGCAUAUUGGCCAACUCUCGCGCAAGACGCACUAGCAUAUGUUAAAAAAUGCAACAAGUGUCAAAAAUAUUUACCAGUCAUAAAUCAGCCAGCAAACUAUCUGACUCCAAUCCUCAGCCCAAUCCCCUUCGCUCAGUGGGGAAUGGACAUAUUGGGACAUUUCACCACUAGGUCAGCAGGCAGGAAGUAUCUUGUUGUGGCAAUAGAUUACUUUACAAAGUGGAUAGAAGCUGAGCCCACCAAGUACAUAAAGGCAACCCAGAGCAAUGGCCAAGAAGAAGCAACAAACAAGCUGAUCUUGACAGCCCUACAAAAGAAGGUGGAGGAGUACAAGGGCAUGUGGGCAGACUUAGUCCCAGAGGUCUUGUGGGAUAAUAGGACCACUGAGAAGGAGUCAACUAGUAAAAGCCCUUUCACCCUGGCCUACGGGGUUGAUGCAGUUGUCCUUGUGGAAGUGCAAAUCCCCAGCCUGAGGAUACAUCACUAUGAGCAGCAAGGAAAUGAAAAGCGCAUGAUUGAAGAGCUAGACUUCUUGCCAGAAGUAAGGCUAAAAGCAGCCCUUAAGCUGGCAGCCCAAAAGAGCAGGAUCUCAAAAGCUUUCAACAAAAGGGUCAAGCACAGGGAGCUCUUGCGAGGAGACUUAGUCCUUAGGAGGACAGUAGGAGAUGGAAGAGGAAAUCAGCAUGGAAAGCUGUUAGCAAACUAG